AUGCUUGCAUACCUGAUAAAGGUUUGCAAAAGAAGCAAAAAACUUUUUGAGACAAUAGGAAUCGAACCCUGGUAUAAUGGAUUGGAGGUCAAAAGUGUAACCCACUACACCACAGGAAACCGCCCGACCACUGUAAAUUCAUCUCGAACCGAGCAAGGUGUGGAGGCGGAUGCAUCAAUGCACUAUCUGCAAUUCCUCUCCCUCGCCGUACUACUUCUCAUGUGUCAAGCCAGAAAAUCAGUGUACCGACGAAACUCGCCAAGUCUACGCCGACUCACCAGAAAUUAUGAUUGGGAGGUGGACGAGCACGGAGCAUUACGCCCGAUUAUUAACCCGGCGAAGGUGGAGAGAGCCACAAAAAACUGCGCCAACGAUUCGUUCAUUUUGGGCACAAUUAUGAGCAAUUACAAUAGGCAUAAGAUUCCAGGAGGGCAGGUAGAAGUGGAAGUGGAAGUGUGGGUACAGGAGAUCACAACAAUUUCAGAUAUUACUUCGGAUUUUCAACUCGAUAUCUACAUCUAUGAGACGUGGCACGACCCAGCGCUCAAUUAUGCAUUCCUCAAUCCUUGCAAAUACAAUUUAUCACUGAAUUCAGUGCUUUUGGAGAAGUUGUGGACACCCAACUCGUGUUUUAUCAACUCGAAAACUGCGGAUAUUCACAAAAGCCCAUUUCCCAAUAUAUUUUUGAUGAUUUAUGCGAAUGGCACUGUAUGGACGAAUUACCGACUAAAACUUCAAGGACCGUGUAUUAUGGAUCUGACAAAGUUUCCGUUCGACAACGUCACCUGCUCACUGACAUUCGAGAGUUUUAACUACAACACAGAUGAAGUAAAAAUGGAUUGGUCGGAGAACGGGGUGCAGAAGAUGCGGGAUAAAAUGGAGUUGGCCGACUACGAGCUGGUGGAUAUACACAAAAUACGAACUACAGAGGAAUAUCCCGCUGGGUACUGGCACGAGUUAACAAUGUCAUUCGAGUUCAAACGUCGCGCCGGUUGGUAUAUUCUACAAGCCUAUCUGCCGACGUAUCUCACUAUUUGUAUAUCUUGGAUAUCAUUUGCUCUCGGCUCCAAAGCAAUCCCGGCCAGGACGAUGCUUGGUGUCAAUAGUCUACUAGCGAUGACUUUUCAGUUUGGAAAUAUUAUUAGGAAUCUGCCAAGGGUAUCAUAUGUGAAAGCUAUCGACGUGUGGAUGUUAUCGUGUAUGACAUUUGUCUUCUGUUCUCUUCUAGAACUCGCUUGGGUCGGAUAUUUAUCCCGGGAGGAGGAGCCAACGGGUCUCCGAUCACCCCCGUGCGCCCAAGUCGCCCCAAAACCCGCGCACCCUCCGCCCGUCCAACAAUCCGCCAAUUCUACAGUAAUCCGACGUCAGAAACAGCCGAAAAACGAGGAGGAAUCGGCGUUAUUAAGUCUACGGGACAACGACUAUGGCUAUAUUCCGCCUGGGUUUGGGUUGAACGGAAAUUUGGCUAGUGCUAUGAAGAGUUUCAGUUCUUCAUGCUCCUGUGAGCCAACAAAUGUGGUCAAUAUGAUGCUGGAUGAAGCAGAAACGAUACCUGCGUCUACUUCGUCAUCACUAUCAAGAAAGCAACGCCGAGAAAUACUUGCUCACAAAAUCGAUUCGGUAUCCGUCUUCAUGUUCCCAUUCCUAUUCGUUCUCUUCAAUAUUGCCUACUGGCAACACUAUCUGCGGGUCAAUUAA